UUUUUUAAUUGUACUUUUGGGAAUACAAUUAUGACUCAUUUAAUUUCUCUAACUUUUUUUAUUUUUCCUUUCUGACACAAAAAGAGUUUAUCCAAAUUAAAUAUCUAAAAGCGUGAGAAGAAGACAGUAGUACUGUAUCUAUUUCCUGUGUCACUUCUUAUAAAUAUCUCUUUUAACACUUUCUGUAUUAAGUUUACUAUUUAUGGUGUCCUUAGCUAGUGUCUGUGUCUUCCAACGAAGCAAUGGAUAGAGAAGAUCAAAAGUCAUGUAUACAAUCUCCAUUGAUACAUAUCACAGUUGAAGAUAAGCUCAAAGUUGAUAGCAUACAACUAAACCAGAACAAGGCAAUAGAGAGAGCUGAACUCUAUGAAGAACUGAGGAAACAGCUAUGGCUAGCAGGGCCUUUAGUAUCUGUUUCUAUAUUAAAUUAUUCCCUACAAAUUAUAUCUGUAAUGUUUGUGGGGCAUCUUGGUCAAUUGCCACUCUCUGCUGCUUCAAUGGCUACCUCCUUUGCCUCUGUCACUGGUUUUAGCUUAUUGGUGGGAAUGGCAAGUGCUUUGGAUACCUUGUGUGGCCAAUCAUAUGGAGCAAAGCAGCACUAUAUGUUAGGCAUACACAUGCAGAGGGCUAUGCUUGUUCUCAUGAUUGUUAGCAUACACCUUGCAUUUAUUUGGGCAAACACAGGAUCUAUUCUGAUUGCCCUUGGCCAAGAUCAUGAAAUAUCUGUAGAAGCUGGACAAUAUGCUCGGCUUAUGAUUCCAAGCCUUUUUGCCUAUGGUCUUCUUCAGUGCCUCAACAGAUUUUUGCAAACUCAAAAUAUUCUAUUUCCAAUGGUGUUAAGUUCUGGAGUCACUACUUUACUGCAUAUUGCUAUAUGUUGGACCAUGGUAUUCAAAUCUGGACUGGGUUACAGAGGAGCUGCCAUAGCAAAUGCUAUAUCCUACUGGAUAAAUGUCUUCAUGCUGAUACUCUAUGUCAAGUUUUCUCCUUCGUGUUCAAAAACAUGGACUGGAUUUUCGAAAGAGGCAUUGCAUGGCAUCCCUUCUUUUCUUAGACUUGCAAUUCCUUCAGCUUUUAUGGUUUGCUUGGAAAUGUGGUCAUUUGAAAUGAUGGUUCUCCUCUCUGGCCUUCUUCCAAAUCCAAAAUUGGAAGCAUCAGUGCUUUCUAUCUGCCUGAAUACUUCGACAACUGUUUGGAUGAUCCCCUUUGGACUCAGUGGAGCUGUAAGCACUCGUGUCUCAAACGAGCUAGGAGCUGGUCACCCUCAAGCAGCACGCUUAGCUGUGUACUUUGUCUUUAUAAUGGCAGUUAUUGAGGGAACUUUGAUUGGAGCAGUGAUGAUACUACUGCGCAAUAUUUGGGGCUAUGCAUAUAGUAAUGAAGUGGAAGUGGUCCAAUAUGUAGCUAUCAUGUUGCCAAUUCUUGCGUUAUCCAUUUUUCUGGAUGCACUACAGUGUGUUCUUUCAGGCACAGCUAGAGGAUGUGGUUGGCAAAAGAUAGGGGCUUUCAUUAACCUAGGAUCAUACUAUUUAGUUGGGAUUCCAUCAGCUAUCUUCUUUUCUUUUGUCAUGCACAUCGGUGGGAAGGGCCUUUGGCUGGGAAUCAUAUGUGCACUAGUUGUUCAGGUGUCAUGCCUAUUUGUAAUUACAACACACACUGACUGGGAGCAAGAGGCAAAGAAGGCUAAAGAAAGAGUGUACAAUUCAAUGACAGCAGGGUUCAUAGUCUCAUGAGGGAGAGAGUUUUGGCACAUGGCAAGAGAAUCUGAUUAACCAUGCAUUCAACCAAAAACAAGUUUCUCACAUGAAGAUAUCUUCCUAUAUAUGUUUGUAGCUUUUACAUAGCAAUAUAGCAUUGAGUUUCUUCACUAUGUAACAUCUUUGUCUCCGACAAUUACCAACUUCUUAUUCAUGCACAAAGCAACUCUAACAUAGCAGGAAUUAAAUAUUGCAUCUAAGGCCAGAAAAACACUUAAUUUCA